AUGCCACGUAAGCUACGUAAGAAUAUACGUAAGAGGAAGGGAGCAUUGAAACAUCCAAUAGUAAAACUGACACCACAACAACAGUUGCAACAACAAAUGAUGAAUGACCCCACUAUGUUGCAACAAAUGUCAAGCAACCCUAUGCUUUUAAACCGAGUUAUUGGUGCACAGAGUGGAGGUUUAAGAGCGGCACUUUUAGCGAAAAUGGCAGGCUAUGGUGGAGCUGCAGACGGAACAGCUUAUAACCCUCAAAGUCAAAUGAAUUUGAGUUCACUCAAAAAUCAAAUAACAGAUGUCAAAAAGUCAAACAUAGACAUACAGAAACAAAUAAGUGAAAACGAAAAGAAACUAGAAUAUGACAGACACACAAAGAAACUCAAUGAGUUAAACGUAGAGAAAAAGAAGAAAGAAGAACAACUGAAAGAACUAAGUACAGAGGAAUAUGCGAAAAAAGUGUCAGAAAAAGCAGCAGAAGUAGCAAAAAUGGAACAAGAUGUUAUAAAUUUGAAAAACCAUACUACUCAAUAUAAAGUACUGAAAGAUGAAGAGAUAAAACAAAAAGCCAUGAAGA